UUCAUUGGUGAUAAUUGGUUAUGUACAUCAUACAUAAUGAUUUUCAAAUUUAAAAGUGUAGAAAAAUACAGAUAUAUAUUUAACAUACAUAUGAACCUAUAACCUGCAUCAUAAUUUCUAGGAGGCUGGUGUAACAAUCCCACUGCUGCACAUUUCAAAGCCACAUUUAAACGUCUGAUCACAAGAUGUGGGGCCCUAGCCGCAGGAUCAUCAGGGAAUUGCACAUCCUUUGGUUCUACACUAUUUCAGUGUUCCAUACACUCCUAUCUCUCCCGCCAUCCUCUUCGAACCUCAUCUCACUUCCUGAUUCGUCACUUCCUGAUUCGUCACUUCCUGAUUAGUCACUUCCUGAUUCGUCACUUCCUGAUUCGUCACUUCCUUCUGCCAUCUCCUGCCCAGUCACAGUCCAGCUGUUGCCAAACGGCUUCGCGCCUUCCUCCAACCCGAUUUCGAACGUAGCCAAGGGUUUGCAUUUUUGUGGCGCUCAAGUGUGACGUCCUGCGACGUUUUCGCGCAUGCGCAGCAGAUUGAAUUGCGCUGUAAACCUUAAAAUCGGACAGGGAUUGCGGAUAACCACGCUCAAAUGGGAAUAUAUGUUUAACGAAUGUUCGCAAUGAAUAAUAAUUCACGUAUUAAUUCUGUCAGUCUUUUCGGUAUAGAAUAUUACAUUAAUGGUCGCGAGUGAUUCUUAUUUUUGCAUCAGUGGAAAAAGUUUUAACGGUAGCCUGUUACGUAGCCAGUUAGCAAACACGAAUGCAAAAAUUGCAUUUGGAUUAGCUAUUUAGCUAGCUUCUGCAAAUGUCAAGUGUAGUAUGAUAUGAUUAUCUGCAUCUCUUCUUUAUUUAAUUCGUAUUUUCUGUUAUAGUUACCGUGUAACAUCAUUGUUUUUUACACGCAAGUUUCAUCGCUGCCCGCGCUAUGCCUACACUUCCUCAGAACAAUUUAAAAGAACAGCUCGAGCGGCACAGCAGCGUAGCUGCACGAAGCAAGUCUCUGGCCAAAGCAAAGUCUGGGGCAUAUUGCUUUAAAAAGAAGUCUACACCAGACAGUGCCAAAGCUGAAGUUCCUCAAAAGCUUCUGUGCAAGGCCAAGACACAGACAUUCAACCCAGUAGCCAACCCAUUUGCAGUGAGCAAACCUAGCCUUGUUGAGCCAUCCAUCAGCAGAUUGCAAAAACCACAAAAUAAUAGAAUCACAGGCACCACUGCUGGCAAAGCUGUAGCAUUAGCUGAGGAUUACAUCUUGUCUGCUAUUCCCUUGGAUGACUGGGACCACUAUGAUUUUGAAACUCCAGUCAAAGGAGAAGGAGCAGGGCCAGACAAAGACCCGUCACCUAAAGGUGCUGGAGCACAGACCUGCAACACUGAAAAUGGAGACUUGCCAUUAGUACAUUCUUUUGGAACGUCAGACGAAGCUUGCUUUGUUUCAACAGAAAUUCUUGCUGUUGAUCCUGGUGCCCAGUCAGGACAUACUGAUGGUGAAUCCCCCAUCAAUACAAUUGGUCGCCUAAUUUCAGUUAAACACAAGUUACUGCUAAGUGACAAAAGCAUUGCCACUGGCAUUAAGCCUACGGAUACAAUUGAGGGGAAUUGCAACUGUACACCAGGGUUUGAUGAUACCCUCUUCAGUGUUAUGGAGUCUAUUUGUUGUUUGAUGGACACAAUCCCUGAACAUGAGCUUGCAUCCCUUAGUUGUGGCACAGAAUUGCUUCUACUGAGAGCUCACAGGAAGCGCAUCAUCACUGGUGCUGCAUUGGUGGAAAAGCGGCAGUCAGAAGGAGGAACCAACCCUCAGCCCCGAUCACUUCACAAAGCAAGUUCUGCUGUCACAAGCAAAGGCGACCAUUCAUCUAUACACGGUGAACUCAGUAAAUCCAAUGCUUCUGUUAUGUCCCAGGAUUACAACAAUUAUAUCUUUAAAGAUUCAGACUGCAUUAUCAGUGAUGUGAUUACGGGAGAUGCCUGUAGCCUGAAUCCUUCCAUUAUACAUGCUGUGAAUCAACACAAUGGAAAGAUCUCAGGCUUGAACAAUGGUACUGGAAACAUUCAAUCAGGAGAAUGUUCCUUGAGUCUGUCCUUCAAUAAGUCAAAUGUUCAGACUGUGAAUCAAGAGAAAACGUUACAUUACAUCUCUCCUAAGAAUACAGUGGAGGCGGACAGAAAGAACGUGGACAGCAAAGCAUUAGUUGGUGGGGCUGGUUUACAGGAUCACAGGGAAUCAGAUGACAUGGGUGACUUCUGCAUAGGUGACUUUGACAUUGAUGACUUCAGUGAAAAUGAUAUGCCAGAUUAUUGUGAGGAAGCUGCAGCUUUAUCUGUGUCUGGGAGUUCCAGUGCACUACCACAGCAAUUUUGUGAAGGAGGACACUCAAACUCCUGUGAUAAAAAGAGUGUUGCCAACCCUACUGCUGUUGUAAAGUCUACUAAACCAUGUUUCCCUGAGGUUACAUCCAGAAAUCCAGCACAUGGCUGCUUCUGGGGCUUCAACUUUCCCCACUCUCCAGAGAUGAUGAAGAUUUUCCACAAGAAGUUUGGUCUUCAUCAGUUCAGAUUCAAUCAGCUAGAAGCCAUUAAUGCUACUCUAUUGGGAGAGGACACGUUUGUGUUAAUGCCUACAGGAGGGGGUAAAAGCCUUUGCUAUCAGCUGCCUGCCUGUGUCUCUGCUGGAGUGACUGUGGUGAUAUCUCCACUUCGUUCCCUUAUUGUGGAUCAAGUUCAGAAGCUUACAACUUUAGAUGUCCCUGCCACUAGCUUGUCUGGGGAAAAAAGUGACUACGAGGCAGGACGAAUCUACAUGCAGCUUUCUAAGAACGAUCCAGUCAUCAAACUGCUUUAUGCCACUCCUGAAAAGAUCUGUGCAAGUGGGAGGAUGAUCAGUGCUCUGCAGAAUCUGUACGAACGAGGUCUGCUUGCUCGUUUUGUCAUCGAUGAGGCACAUUGUGUGAGCCAGUGGGGACAUGACUUCAGGCCAGACUAUAAGCGGAUGCAUGAACUGCGCCAGAAGUUUCCCAAAGUUCCUAUCAUGGCACUGACGGCCACAGCCACGCCUCGGGUCCAGAAGGACAUCCUUAACCAAUUGUCUAUGACUCGACCACAAGUAUUCUCAAUGAGCUUCAACAGGCACAACCUUAAAUAUUCUGUAGUACCUAAAAAACCCAAGAAAGUUGACGAGGACUGUAUUAACUGGAUCAAGAAACACUAUCCAUACGACUCAGGAAUUGUGUACUGUCUGUCACGGAAUGACUGUGACAGCAUGGCAGAUAGUUUUCAGAGGGCAGGCAUCGCAGCACUAGCAUACCACGCUGGGAUAAGUGACAGUGACCGAGAGUAUGUCCAAAACAAAUGGAUCAACCAGGAUGGUUGCCAAGUCAUAUGUGCCACCAUUGCAUUUGGCAUGGGCAUUGACAAGCCUGAUGUACGUUAUGUGAUCCAUGCCAGCUUACCCAAAUCAGUGGAGGGCUACUACCAAGAAUCAGGCAGAGCUGGCCGGGAUGGAGAAAUCUCCCACUGCAUUCUCUUCUAUUCUUACACAGAUGUCAUUCGCAUCAAACGACUAAUAGCCAUGGACAAAGAAGGCAACCACCAAUCCAAAGCCACUCACGUAAACAACCUGCACAGCAUGGUACAUUUCUGUGAAAAUGUGACGGAGUGUAGGAGGAUCCAGCUUCUUGCGUACUUCGGAGAGCACAAAUUUAAUACGGAUUUCUGCAAGCAGCAUCCAGAGGUCAUCUGUGACAACUGUGCCCGACCACAGCAAUACAGUGCAAGAAAUGUGACUGAGGAUGUGAAGAAGAUUGUGCGGUUCAUACAGGAAAAUUGUGAGAAGGUCGGUGGCAAACGUGCCAGAUCUUUCCAGCAAAGCAGACUCACUUUAAACAUGCUGGUUGACAUUUUUCUAGGCUUGAAAAGCGCCCGAAUCAAGUCAGGCAUGUAUGGGAUUGGAGCAGCGUACUCCAAACACAAUGCAGAAAGGCUCUUUAAGAAAUUAGUGCUGGACCACAUUCUCAUGGAGGACCUGUACAUUACUAAUAAUGGACAAGCUGUGGCCUACAUAUCAGCUGGCCUUAAAGCCAUGGACGUCCUCAGUGGCAUCAUGCAGGUGAAUUUCCACGAGACUGAGAGUGCCUCUAGUAUUAGAAAGCAGAAAGCCACUGUGACCAAGAGUGUCUCUAAGAGGGAGGAAAUGGUGAAGAAGUGUCUGGAAGAGCUUAAUGAGCUGUGCAAAAAGCUUGGCAAAGUGUUUGGUCUUCAUUACUACAACAUCUUCUCCACAGCCACUCUAAAAAAGAUUGCUGAAACUCUGUCUGCUGACCCUGAGGUGCUAUUGCAGAUCGAUGGCGUGACUGAGGACAAAUUGGAGAAGUAUGGAUCUGAGCUCAUUGAGCUACUACAGAAAUAUUCAAAAUGGCAACUGACAGUUGAGGAGCAGGCUGAGGGCUCUCAUUCAAUUGAUUAUUAUGACGAAGAUGGAAGCAUGUCUGCCUACUUCAGGAGCAGCAAACGUCAAGGAGAAAAGAGAAAAAAAACACAUCUAUCAAAGAACCCCAAAAGGCGCAGGGGUUACAACAACCAGAACUCUUCUAAACGUGGAAACUGGUCUUCAUCUAAAGGAAGAGACCUAGGUGCAGGUCGAGUCUCUAAACAUGCUCCUUCAGCUCCAGCAAAGAGGAAACCUGGCUUCAUGGCCCUGCCCCUCCCUCAGAGUGUUGAGCGUCCAUUCCUCAGACCUGCCUUCUCUCAAGUUGGCUGAGUCCAAAAGCACAGCAUUUUCUCUUUGAGCUAAACUGUGUGUAUUUUUGUAAAGUGUAUAUAUAUUCUGCUUUUUCUGCCUGUAUUUCUUAUUGUAUAUAUUAAGCCCUUAUUUUGUAUUUAGUUUGUGUUGAACUGUAUAGUUUAUGGAAACAACAGAUUUUUUUAUUUGCUUUUAUAUUACUUUUAGAAUUAAAGAAAUUUAAAAUAUUCCCUGAUACAAAUGAUUAACAAAUUUAGAAAUAGCUUUAAUUUCACAUCAAAACUUUGAUGCAAUGAUCAGUUCCAUUUAUUACCCAUUACUAUUUUACACAUUUUAGUGGUACAACUUCAAACUGAAAUAAACUUGAUUGGGAUUUUAUGCCAUGAAUCUACACAAAGUAACCAAUGAACCAUUGAAGUCUGUGGGGGGAUCAGUAUAGUUUGCAAAGGAUUUUUACAAAUAAAAAAUAUAUAUAUUCAAUUCAGGUUUAUUUGUAUAGCACUUUUAACUGUGGACAUUGUCCCAAAGCAGCUUUACAGAAUAUAUAAAUUCAGAAUAUAGAAUAUAUUUAAAUAUAGAAUAUAUUUUAAAUGUAUAAAUUUGUCCCUAAUGAGUAAGCCACAGGCGAAGGUGACAAGGAAAAACUCCCUGAGACGAUAUGAGGAAGAAACCUUGAGAGGAACCAGACUCAAAAGGGAACCCAUCCUCAUCUGGGUGACAUUCCUUGUAUAAAUGUGAUAAUACUACAUGAUCAAAUAGUGCUGUUGUGUAACCAGUUUUUACAUGAAGUCUGUUUUGUUGAACUUAUCCACUGUUCACUGAGGGAGACUUGAAUGCAAAACUGUUCAUUAGAAUUGAGGUCCAAAGCCAUCUUUAUGGUUUAUAAGUGGUACCAUCUUCAAUAAUCUCAAUGAUCUUUAGGCUGUACGAUGUUGGGCCAUCCUCAGCAGCAGCAUGUGACUUCCAAUUGAUGGUAACUACAACCAGAAGCAGGGCAUCAGGAUGGAUCAGGCAGGUCCAGAGAGCAGAAGGGAUCGCAUGUAGCUUGACAGAGAGAGAGAGAGGUAUGCUUAUUGUCCCAUAAUGCUUAAGGACAAUGUACUUUGCACGAGUGCAAGCAGGGACUCCGGCAAGGUAACACAGAUAUAAGGGCACCCUGGGACAUAGGGCGGCCAGCCACUCCACCAUCAACAAACCUGGAUGAACAUGAGAAAGUGGGGGGUGACAGCAUCCAAACAUCCCAGUUCACCAGAACACUCUAUGCCCAUGAGUCCUCUUGAUCUGCUCCUUUACCUAAGAAAAAACUAUUCACAAAAUGCUUGACUAAACAAAUAUGUUUUCAGCCUAGACUUAAAGACUGAUACUGGGUCUGAGUCCCGAACACUAAUUGGAAGGCUGUUCCAUAACUGUGGAACUUUGUAAGAGAAAGCUCUUCCCCCUGCUGUAGCCAUCUUUAUUCGAGGUACCAACAAAUAGCCUGCACAUUUUGAUUGAAGUUGACAUGGUGGAUCAUAAAAGACCAAAAGUUUGCUCAGGUACCGUGGUACGAGACCAUUUAGUGCUUUAUAGUCAAGUCCAGUCAAAUGUUAUUUAUAAACCACGUUUAAACACAACAGUAGUUGAUCAAAAGUGUUGUACAAAACAUCAUAUAAUAGCACAUUAAAUAACAUCAUUAGACACAGAAUAAAAAUAAGUUUUAAGAGAAGAUUUAAAAAUAGCUAAAGAUGGAGCUGUAAUAAAAAAUGAAGAGGAUGUUGAAGAUCUCAAUGAAGAAUAACUUUAUUACAGCAAGGCAGUGACAAAGUACAUGAAGCACUUCGGGUUCGUCGGAGUCAAAGUGAACCCCGGACUAUAUCAGCACAGAUAUUUUAUACUUUGUUUCGAACCAGGUUUUCUGUAUGUAAUGUAAAUUAAGGAGAAUCACUUUCCGUUCUCACAGUACGGAUGUUGUUACAGGUGUGACCCUAAAUGGUGAGGUGGGAAGGUUUAUCGAGACAGAUGUCUUUCUGAAUGCUAAUUACAGUCAUGUAGCCCUUUGUUCAGGGUUCGUUCUUGAUGUCCCACCGCCGCUCCCAUACUAUAAUUGUGUGAAUGUCACUUUAGGUGGUAUUAUGCACAUAUUGCUGAGACUGAGAUGAACUGUCCCUUUGAAAAUUCUGCCUUUUUGGGGAACAAGCUUAUCCUAACAUAGAUUUGGGGGGGGAAUCUGCUGAGAGGCAGUCUGUAAUUUCUUACAGAGCAGACCUCACGUGAAAGGGGAGACUUUUCCAGAGUUGUCACCACCCAUAGGAAAUGUGCGAUCACCCUUUACCUUAGUAAGACAAUACGACUUAUACGUCAAUAAUAGUAUUUUAUAAUCAAUGCAAAAUUUUACUGGGAGCCCAUGCAGUGUGGAUAAGAUAGGGGUAAUGUGGUUCUAGUAAGGACUCUUGCAGCUGCAUUCUGGACUAACUGGAGCUUGUUUAUGCACCUACUGGAACAGCCAGACAGUAAGUCAUUAUAAUAAUCCAAUAAUCCUAGUAAUAUCUACAUGAGCUUCAAAUGAAAGAUUGGGGUCAGUAAUCACACCAAGAGUCUUUUACUGCUGCACAUGAUGAUGAAACAGAAAGGCCAUCCAGAGUUACUAUGUAAUCAGAAAGCUUACUUCUAGCUGGAUGUGGUCCUAGUACAAGUAUUUCUGUCUUGUCGGACUUAAGUAAAAGGACGUUAUUAAGCAUCCAGUGUCUAAUGUCCUUUACACAUUCCUUUACACAACAUAUAUGAAGAAAACAGAAUUGGGCAUAUUAAAAUAUAUACUGCAUAAGUAUUCACCCCAUUUGUAUAAACACACAAAUUCAUUUUGGUGCAGCCAGUUACAAUCAAAAAUCACAUAAUUGGUUGAAUGCAGUCCACCUGUGUGCAAUUAAAGUGUCACUGUGUGUGUGUGUGUGUGUGUGUGUGUGUGUGUGUGUGUGUGUGUGUGUGUGUGUUCUGCCUCCCUUGACACGCUCGCUUCUUCCCCCUCUUCAGGACGGCGUUGCUAAAAAAGUGAGCGGCUGUUGCGUCCACAUUCAGACCACUGCAGCGUAUUGCAUAACUCGCGACCUCAUUAUAAGUAACAUAAACAUAUUAUUAAAGCUGCAUAUAUUAAUUAACAUUUUACAGUAACAGGAGGAACGUCACAGAAUGUAGCAAAGUAAAAGUACAUUUCUUUGAUUAAAAAUUUACUUGUGUAAGCUAAGAGUAUAAGUAUGGCCAGUUAAUCCCACUC